CCGUGCAUGCGUGCAGUCGUGUUGUUGUCAGUGGCGGCAAGAUGGCGACUCUCGGAGACGCAUCAGCCCCGGGGGUUAAUGGGUUAAUACAACAGUUCACAGCCAUAACUGGAGCCACAGAGAGUGUUGGGAAGCAUAUGUUGGAAGCAUGUAACAAUAACCUAGAGAUGGCCGUCACCAUGUUUCUAGACGGAGGGGGCAUCGCAGAGGAACCCAGCACAAGUGCCAGUUCAGCCGGGGCGUCCGGCAGCAGACACCCCCCUGAAGAAGAUGACGUGCGAGCACCCAUUCCUCAGAAGCAGGACAUUCUGGUGGAGCCAGAGCCCUUGUUUGGAGUACCAAAGAGGCGUAGACCAGCACGAUCAAUCUUUGAUGGAUUUCGGGAUUUUCAGACAGAAACCAUGCGACAGGAGCAGGAGUUGAGAAACGGAAGUGCAGUGGACAAGAAGCUGAGCACUCUAGCCGAUCUCUUCCGUCCCCCCAUUGAACUCAUGCACAAAGGCAGCUUUGAGACGGCGAAAGACUCCGGCCAGCUUGAGAACAAAUGGCUGAUGAUCAACAUUCAGAAUGUCCAGGAUUUUGCCUGUCAGUGUCUAAACAGAGACGUGUGGAGCAAUGAUGCUGUGAAAAACAUAAUCAGAGAGCACUUCAUAUUCUGGCAGGUGUACCAUGACAGUGAGGAAGGACAGAGGUACAUUCAGUUUUACAAGCUUAACAAGUUCCCCUAUAUUUCUAUCUUGGACCCACGUACAGGACAAAAGAUGGUUGAGUGGAACCAGUUAGAUGUGACCUCAUUCCUGGAUCAGGUCACGGGCUUCCUAUCAGAGCACGGGCAGCUGGAUGGGCAGUCCAGUCAACCUCCGGCCAAACGGGCUCGUUCUGAGAGUUUGAUAGACGCCAGUGAGGACAGUCAGUUAGAGGCCGCUAUCAGGGCCUCUCUUCAAGAAACACACUACGAGUCCACCCAGGACGAGGCAGAGUCCCGCUCAGAUGAUGAGGAGUCAGAUGCCGAACCUUUCUCUGACAGCGAAGGCUUGAUCUCAGUGGAUGGUUCAGAUAAUGAGGCCGUCGGAGGGGAGGAUUCUUUAGAUGGACACGUCUCUGCAGAGGUAGCUCCUCCCACCAGGCCGGACAGCCCAGCCCAUCACAGGAAGUCCCCACACAAAGAGUUAUGCCACAGGAAAGAGGAGAGUAAGAAGAACCACCUAGAUCCGGUUGGGCUCAGUCACAGUCAGACAGGACAAACAGAGUCCCAACAGCGGCUGGGAGAAAACCACAGAUCCACAUCACACCUGCCGUCAGAACCUGCCGGCACCAGCACAGCAGACCCAGACGAUAACGGUCCAAAGGCACGCUUAAUGCUUCGAUACCCAGACGGCCAGAAGAGAACAGAUAGCACUGCAGCUAGUGAGACACGUUCAGUCCAAGGGGAUUCCCCAAUGAACGCUUCGAACUUGUCACCAACUUCCCCCGCCGAAGACUUCGCUCACUUGGACUAUGACAUUCACACUGCAGGACGCAGGACUGUGUCCGCAGGAGACUGUGUUGUGCAGGAAAGGAAUUAA